AUGCAGGACUGGGAACUGACCCCACUGAUAUGUCUGAUCUCUUCUCCCCAGGGCAAAGUGGCCAUCAGCUCUUCCAGCCCUGCUGUGGCAGCUUCAUUACCACCCCCAUCCCAGGCCAGACAGCCACUCAUCAGCACUGGGGAGAUCUUCAAGCUUCCAGGCAGGCUGAGGAUCCAGCCCGCACUGUGGAGCAAGGAUGACGUGAUCCACUGGCUCAGAUGGGCUGAGAAGGAAUAUUCCCUUCGGCAAACUGACGAGAGCAAGUUCGAAAUGAACGGCAAAGCCCUGUGCAUCCUCACCAAGGAGGACUUCAGACACCGAGCUCCCAGCUCAGGUGAUGUGCUUUAUGAAAUACUCUGCUUCAUUAAGACUCAAAGAAGAGCUCUGGUGUGCAGCCCUUUGCUGAACUCACCCUUUGGGAAGGCCAGGAGCACGGAGGAAGGGCUUUGGAAGAUCUGGGACCUGCCCUAAUGUGCCACAGGGUGUUUAUUUGGCUUUUUCUCCCUUUUAUUUGCAGGGGCAGACUGCAGUGCUGAGGCUGCCCCAGUCCUUGUUCCCUCCUGGCUGGGCUGUGCACAACAGCCUGUGCUCCACAGCCACAUGGAGCCACUGAACCUGUCCCAUCAGAGCUCAGAGAGUGGCUGCAGGGCAGGUGCCAUCUGCUCCUUUCCCACAACCCCGUUGGCCCCAGUGGAUGGGAAAAUGGCAGACUGCAGGUUGCUGUGGGAAUACGUGUACCUGCUCCUCUCCGACAGCCGCUACGAGCCCUACAUCAGGUGGGAAGACAAGGAAGCCAAGGUCUUCCGGGUGGUUAACCCCAAUGGACUUGCCCAGCUCUGGGGGAACCACAAGAACAGGAUGAACAUGACCUAUGAGAAGAUGUCACGAGCACUCAGACAUUACUACAAACUCAACAUCAUCAAAAAGGAGCCAGGGCAGAAGCUGCUGUUCAGGUUUUUGAAGACUCCAGGGGAGAUUGUCCAUGAGAAAUCCAGCAAACUGGAGCAGCUGGAGAAUGAGGACCAUGAAGAUUCAAAAGAAGACCCACUGGAGGUUUCACUCUAGAAAAUCUUUGGAGGUGCCUCACAGACAGACUUGUGCUCUGCUGGGAAGUGCUGGUGUCUCUUGCGUCUCCUGGACAGAAGGCCACAGAGCUGGCCCUGGAUUUCAAAACCUGCCCUGAGCCAAAGCUGAGACAUCUCGGGGGCUUCAUUAGCAAAACUCCCCCAGAAACCAUCCCCCAGCCCCGACAGUGCGUGUGAAUGUGUGUGGGCUGGUCUUCUGCUUGUUUCUCUCCUGCCCUCGGGGAGAGAAUGUAAUAUUUUUGCUCUGAAAACUUUGAUGCUUGUCUUUAAGGCUCAGACUUGCUGGUAGAGAUCACGCUGUUCUUCCAGUGAGAUGUGCUGAGCAGAGCAGAGAGUGUGCUCUGGGCUGAGCAUCCUUUGCAGUGAGUGGUGUCCCUGAGUGUGAACGUCCUGCUCUGAAUCUGAGCCAUUUCCCUGACUUGUAAAUGGACUUGUAUUGCAGAAAUGGUGCACACUGGAAUCACAGUGGCUCCCCUGUGAUUAAGGGUGGGAGUGUGGUGAAAUAUCUGCCUGGAUCAGGCCUGGCUGAAGCUCCAGGGUUGCCCUAAGCUGGUUCUCACUUCAACUCCUUUCCCUCCAGGUAAUGCUUUUUGUAAUUAGCUGAUUGAAUAAUGUGAAAAGAAACAAAGAAAGUAAUGACAAUGAGCCCAGUCUGGUCAGCUAUGUGGUUAUUUGCUUUGAGUUUGAAGCAGGAAUGCCUUGAGGGAACAGAGUGUGUUUGUGUGUGUGUUUGAAAGCAGAAAAUACCCACUAAUAUUUUCACAUUGCUUUUCAUUGAGGAAAUAAAAUCCUGUGACUGUGUAAAGUUGAAAA